AUGAGCAACUCGAAAAUCCUGCUUUACGGGUACCCCGCUUCCUCCGCCACCUGGCGCGUGCGGGCCGCCAUGAUCUACAAAAAAGUCGACUUCGAGGAGAAAAUGAUCGACAUCAACGUCGGUGACGCGGGCUUUACAGCGAAGGUCAACCCGAUGGGCUUUGUUCCCGCCGUAAAGUUUCCUCAAAACGAAGAGGCUCUUUUGAAUCGCUCCCGAUCAUGGAGCUUCUUGAUCAACUCUAUCCCGAGCAGCCGAUUCUACCCAAGGAUCCAUUUCAACGAGCCAGGAAAGAGUUUCCCCUUUGACCCCUUAAUUUCAGUUUCAUUAGUAAUGAUUUGUUUAUACAGUAAUCUUCUCAGUUAA